UACGAUGGCAGCUGGUCCGCGGGUCAAAUGCACGGCCAUGGUAAAAUUACCUUCCCUGACGGCAUCAGUUAUGAGGGCGAGUUUCAAAACAACAAGCUUACCGGCAAGGGGGUGUACACAUGGCCCACGGGUGCUUGCUACGAGGGGCAUGUGGUGGACGGCAGGCGGGAGGGCCGGGGACGGCUGUCCUUCACCAGGUCGGCGGCAGUGUAUUACGGCCAGUGGCACAACGGCUUGCGCCACGGACACGGCUACGAGAACGGGGAUGUGUACGACGGAACGUGGGAGAACGACAAGAAGAAAGGCCUGGGCACCAUGCGCUGGUUCCAGACUCGGCAGCAGUACAGCGGCGAGUGGGACAACAACGACGGCCGGCGUCACGGCUACGGUGUGUUGUACUACGCAACAGGGGCUCGAUAUGAGGGCUACUGGCUGGGUGAUCAGAAACAUGGCCCCGGCUGCUUCGUGUUUGAAAACGGGGAGGUGUGGGCGGGCGUGUUCGCGCAGGACCGACCG